AUGGUGAACUCCACUGAGCUCAGUAACAAUGCCACCACCCAAGUCAUUACGUCUGCAAGGAUUGUGAUGAUCACUGUUUUGGUCUUGAUGGUCCUCUUCUUUGUUAUCUUUGCGUACUUUAUGGUCAUUAUUCUGAAUGUCUUCUUUACCAGUCCCCAGGUCCAUGAGACCACACGUUACAUCUUGUUCAUUCACAUGCUUUUUAACGAUGUUAUCUACUUACUCAUCUCUUUCUUCCUUUUUAUAGUUGCAAACUACGGCAUCCUUUUCCCUGUAGCAGUAUGUCUUGUGAUAACUUCUCUUUCCACAGGCACAUUCAUAAUAACUCCUUAUAACUUGGCCGUCAUGUCUUUGGAACGUUACGCGGCCAUCUGCCACCCAUUACGAUAUGCGGAGUUGUGCACAGCCCAGAGAUCCAACCUUGUCAUUGCUUUCAUAUGGAUAAUGGGGAUGAUUCCACAACUUGCCAAUGUUAUAGUCUAUUGUUGUUUUGCUGACUCACGAUCCUUUAACUUCAGGAUUAUCUGUGACUGGAAGUUAAUGACUGUGAGCAACUUCCAAGUAGUUAUAAGAAAUUUUACCGAUAUUGUUGGCUUCUCCACAGUGACAAUGACCAUUACUUACACAUAUGUUAAAGUUAUGAUGGUCGCUCGGAGGAUGGACUCAGGGAAAUUUGCCUCCAAAGCUGGGAAGACGGUCCUGCUCCACGCGUUUCAGCUUAUGUUAUCUAUGUUGUCAUUUACCACAGUAAUUACCGAGACAUAUUUGACAAAAUAUAUUCGAUACCUGCCCAGUAUCAACUUCUUGGUGAUGUGUCUUCCUAGAUUUGUCAGCCCCUUAAUCUAUGGCAUGAGGGAUGAAGUAUUUGGUAAAUCUAUGAGAAAGUUCCACUUACUACCCUUCAUCCGGUCAUUACAUUUAAUAAGAAAAAAUCUUAUAGUUGACAGUCAGGGUGAUCCGGCAGUGCCAGACUGUCCUGACCGCUUCCUUACUGAUCAGUCAAACCAAUAA